UAGUCUCCUCGUACUUGGGCUAAAGCUGAUUUUUUAAAAUGUAGUAUACACGUGUGAUUUUUGUAAUUACUAAUUAUUAUAUAAAACGUAACUAAAAGAUGAACGCUAGGGAAGCUGAAAUGGCUAAUACCAGUUUAAACAACAGUACUCCACAAGUACAAAUAAGAUUUAUUACGAAGCAGGAACAGUAUGCUGUACCAGAUUUUCCACUAUCUGUUCACACAAAUAUUGUGUCAAGUGAACUAAAUACUCUUAUAAAUGAACUCUUAAAAGAGUCAACUGAUGUUAAGAAUGAUAUAGAGUUUGAUUUUCUGGUAUGCUCCCAGUUUCUACGUACUUCAUUAUCUGAACAUAUAGCAGAGAAAAAUGUUUCUACAGAGGAGGUGAUAAAUAUUGAAUAUGUUGAAAAAUACCCACCACCAGAACCUCAGGACUGUCUUAUACACGAUGAUUGGGUGGCUGCUGUUGAUGUUUGUGAAAAAUGGAUAUUGACCGGCUGCUAUGACAAUACACUGCAUAUUUGGACAUCUAAAGGGAAACAUCAUCUUGUUAUUCCUGGACAUACAUCACCAAUUAAAGCAGUGGCAUGGAUAUCUUUGAAUAACGAUACCGCUAGUUUUGUUAGUGCAUCACAGGAUCAGACAGCUAUAAUAUGGGACUGGAAUAUUGCUGAAAAUUCAGUAGAAUGUAUACAUGUAUGUAGAGGACACGAACGUGGCCUCGAAACUGUUAGCGUUAAUUAUGACAAAACGACAAUGGCUACUGGAGCAUGGGAUACGAUGCUUAAAAUCUGGUCUACGUCUAACCAAGAUGAAAAUGAAGAUGGUGAAUCCACUUCAAAGAGAUUGAAGUCAGAACAUGGUAAAACGAGGACACCAAAAAGGACCAUGAAAGGACAUAAAGAAGCAAUCAGCGGUGUUGUGUGGUCAGACAAAACAGAACUCAUAACGUCUUCGUGGGACCAUACGAUAAAAAUAUGGGAUUCGGAAUUAGGUGGAAUCAAGCACGAACUUGCUGGCAAUAAAAGUUUCUUCGACCUCGAUUAUUCUCCACUAAGCCGUAACGUUAUAGCAGCAUCUGCCGAUAGACACAUUAGAUUAUAUGAUCCCAGAUCUACAGAGGGAACACUUGUGAAAUCAGUAUUUACUUCUCACACCCAGUGGGUGCAGUCUGUGAGAUGGUCACCCAUGGAUGAAAAUCUUUUUAUUUCAGGAGCGUAUGAUAAUGACAUGAAACUUUGGGACACCAGAAGUCCUAAGGCACCAUUAUUUGAUCUAUCUGGACACGAGGAUAAAGUGUUAUGUUGCAAUUGGUCGAAUCCAAAAUUGAUGGUAUCUGGAGGGGCGGAUAAUACUGUAAGAAUAUUUAAGUCAAAAUCUGUUGUUCGUUGAUAAUAAAUUACCUCAUACGAAAUUUUUAACAACAAAGUCUCAUAUAUAGUGAAAAUUAACAACAAUAGGCCCUUUUUUAAAAUUAUUUUAAUAUUUAUUAUACUCUAAAUCAAACAAUGUAAUCGUCUAAAUGAAACUCAAUAUAUCGUCGUUCAUAUCGAUCACAAACUCCGCAAGUUUACCGUCAAAUAAUUGAAAAAGAAAAAACGAUCUUACUCUUAAUUGCAACAACAUAAAACUAAACGUGAAUGCGAUUUAUAUAAAGCAAUGACAAGUAUUUUCGUAGAAAUAAACACAUGUACAAAAAAACGAAAAGAAAAGAACUACUAGUUCUAACAGAGAAAAGUAUUUCAUGAUCUAAGAAAGAUCUUUCAAUAUGAAAUCAAAAUUCGCACUUUUUAUUUGAAUGAGUUUCUUUUUGCGAUGUCUCUUCUUCUCUUUAAUUUUACCUUCUUAUUUUACAUCAUUAUAAAACCACCGCUUAAUUGACAAAAGAAGAGAUCUAGUAAAUCGUUCGUACAUUACCAGCUCCUAGAUUCAUUUUUUCUCUCUCUCUUUCUUUUUUCUUUAAGAAUUUCAAAUUGUUUUUAUUGCGCACAAAAUUAAAGUGUUUACUCAAAAUAGUACAAAUCGCAUGAGCGGUAAAGUGUUAAAAGUACUAUAAGAAAAAGACUUUACGUUCUACCAUAUUGGCCAAUUGAAUGGCAUGUUAAUUUACCGUGUGUGUGUGGUCUCGCAAGAAACAAUUCUACCGUCGAUUAAUAUAGAGGCGGACGUUGGAUGUAUUACACAAUAAUUUAGGAUAAUGUGGGGGGCUUAUCGUUCUAACGUUUACUUACAAAGGACAAUGUCGUUUCAGUCUAUUGCACAUGCUGUAUCUUUACACAUUAGCGAAUAGUAUAAUUUUCCUUCCACCGAUGUUCAAUGGAGAAUAAACUUGAUUUCCCAUCAUCUUAAGCUCUCUUUCAGUCCUAGAGGAUACCAAGAAAACAUCGCUGGGGAUUUGUUGAAAAAGGCAUAUACAAUAGUCGCUACUACUUGAUUCGACAGAAGGCAUAGUGUUUAUCUUUCAAGUGUCUCUUGGAAUAUGUGUAAAUACAUUCACUGAUCUUUUGUACGAGAGUAAGUUUAUUUUACAGACUUUUACAGUUCAUUUGUUCCUUCGUCUCACAGAUGUUGUUGCCCUCAAACGCAAAAGGAAAGAAAAAAGGAGAAAUGAAAAUUAAAUUCAUUCUAAAAACAUCAAAUAACAUCUAACUCAUUCUAAAAUGAGUAUAAGAAAGAUGUAUCCCGUUGAAAAUCAUAUUACUAUUUGGGGAUUCACUCUUGAUGUUGAACUAAGGAAAGGAUAAAAGAAUGUGUUUCGAAUAAAUCCCCAAAACAGAUCGUUUAUUGAUCAAAAAUAAGGGACGAUAAUAAUUAAGAAUUUGAUUCUUUCACUUUGAAUAUACCAAACCAUACUUGUAAGUAACUCUAAAAACUGUUCGGUGCACGCUCCCCCAUACAAAGUGUAGAAGAGUGACGUAUCAGAGCGUGCACACGCAGUGUGCAGUUUACAGUAACAGUGUGUCUUCUGCAGUCUGUGUCAUGUUAUAGGCAGAUGGUUUUUUUUUCUUUCUUUUAAAGUACGCAUUAUUUAAAUUAUGCAUACACCUACACACCACAUGCUCGGCUCGCACUUUCUCUCUCUCUCACACAUUUUUAUUUUCACUUUCUCUCACAUUCUUGUUCUUCUUUUUUUUUAUUCGUUUUGCUGUUUCUUCGUUUUUCUUUUUCUUUUCUUUUCUCACUUUUUCUCUUUUUUUUUGUUUGUUUCUUUAGAAGACCCUAUCUAACCCCCACAUUAUCUCACACAAAGACUAGCGUUUUUAAACGAUCCAAAAUAAACUAAGGGCACUUUUAGUGGCGUAUGCCCUGUGUUCUUAUUUCGAGUUUUUUUUUUCUUUUCAUGAAAAAUCUAAUUCUGACCGUUGUUAAACUUUGUUGGUUUUUUCCCUUUUUUUUUUGUUUUGUUUAUUACAGCACCUAUCGACUUCUAAGAGUCCCUAUUUCUUAACUAGCUAUGACACACUUGCCUUAAUCUAGAAAAAUUUUCAUUACGUGCUAUGCCUCGCCAUCUUAAUGUAAUUUUCGAACCUAUGCGUUCAUUUUUUUUUUUUUCUUUUUUUCCUCCCUCGAAUCGUUAAUUCUCGUACGAUUUUUCGAACUAACUUAAUGCCUCGACAUCAUUUUCACUCUGUCUCUCAUUCUCUCCCACACUCUCAUCUUCAGUUUUCUUUCUCUCUGAUGUAUGAAACUCUUUUUCAUAUUCAGAUUGGUCGCCCACCGCAUAACAAUAUAUCCU